UGUUAUUGACUAAAAAUGGCCCGUAUUCUGUGUGGAAUCACAGUUUUAAUUCUUGCGCUUUCUCCACUGUUGUUGGCAAAUGCCGAAGAGAAGAUUUUAUCCAGCGAAGAACUUCAAACAAACGACCAAGAGGUCCAUGAAGACGAAGCUUUAUCUCAUUCAAAUGAGAUGCAAGGUGGACCCAACGAAAACAAAGAAGAUGCAAGUCCCCAACAGGAAAGUGAAGACAUCACUGACGAAGAAAACCAUGAAGCUGUAGAAGUAAGCGAAGAUUAUAACGGAGAGGAAGACUUUCCGGAAAAAACGGAGGACAGCUUUGAUGAUGAAGGACCCAACGAAAAUAAAGAAGACGAAAGUCCCCAACAGGAAAGUGAAGACAUCACCGACGAAGAAAACCAUGAAGAUGUAGAAGUAAGCGAAGAUUAUAACGGAGUGGAAGACCUUCCGGAAAAAACAGAGGACAGCUUUGAUGAUGAAGGCGAGAUUCCAAAUGACAUGAAAAGGUCGCGAAUAUUUCUCCGUAAAUGUGGAGGUCAUGCAUACAACCGCUUCAAACAAAGGUGUUGCUUUAAACAACUGAUUCCAUUCGGAGUGAGGUGCAUCAGGCUGAGGUGCGCAAAAAUACCUUAUCUUUCUUUCAAUCAACAAUGCUGCAAUGGUCAAGUAAUUCCCAAGACUUCGAAGUGUAUACCUCAGUCUCAACAGUGUGGCCAACUUCCCUACAAUUCACAGAGUCACAAAUGUUGCUUUGGUCAAAUAAUACCAAUUCAAGUUCCUUGUUCAAGAUUGCCCUGUAAACAAUCCGCCUACGUUUCUCACACUCAGCAAUGUUGCAACGGUCAAGUCAUUCCAAAGAGUACACCGUGUAAACCGCCCACGACGUCGGCUCGAUGUGGUAGCUUUUACUAUAAUCAAAACACACACAAAUGUUGCUUCAACCAAAUUCUGCCGAUCCAUGUCCCCUGUAUCAGGCUACCUUGCAGACGAGCAUACUACGUUCCCUACACUCAACAGUGCUGCCACUUACGAGUCAUCCCUAAAGCUGUACCUUGUCCUCAACUCCCGACCUCAUUUCAAUGUGGCGGUUUUUCCUACGCUCCACAGACUCAUAGAUGUUGCUUUGGGCAAAUUGUACCCUUCCAUGUUCCUUGCACAAGACUUCCUUGCGGACAGGCCUUGUAUGUCUCUCAUACUCAACAAUGCUGCAAUUCUAAAGUCAUCCCAAAAGCUGUGCCUUGCAUUCCAUCCCCGGUGCCCCUUCAAUGUGGUGGCUUUGCCUACGAUCCUCAGACCCACAAGUGUUGUUUUGGCCAAAUCGUACCGUACCAACUUCCCUGUACCAGACUAUCUUGUGGACAGGCUUCCUAUCUUCCUUAUACUCAACAAUGCUGCCAUUCUCGAGUCAUCCCUAGAGCUGUGCCUUGUCCGCAAUUCCCGACCUCAUUCCAAUGUGGUGGCUUUGCUUACGAUCUAAACACUCAUAAAUGUUGCUUUGGGCAAAUUAUACCCUUCCAUGUUCCUUGUACAAGACUUCCUUGCGGACAGGCCUUGUAUGUAUCUCAUACUCAACAAUGCUGCAGUUCUAAAAUCAUUCCAAGAGCUGUACCUUGUGUUCCAUCUCCUGUGUCUCCUCAGUGUGGUGGCUUCGCUUUCAACUCACUGACCCACAAAUGUUGUUUCAACCAGAUACUUCCCAUUCAUGCUCCUUGUACCAGACUACCUUGCAGACAAGCCCUAUACGUCCCCUAUAGCCAACGUUGUUGCCGUGGUCAAGUUAUUCCAAAAACCAUUCCAUGCACGCCAUUUCCGACCCCGUUCCGAUGUGGUGGUUUUUUCUACAAUCCCCGGACCCACAGAUGUUGCUUUGGUCAGAUAGUGUCUCACCAUGUUCCAUGUAACCGAUUACCCUGUGGCCAGUCUCUCUAUGUCCCUCAUACUCAGCAAUGUUGCAAUGCUCAAGUUAUUCCCAGGACCGUACCUUGCUCAGGAUCACCACUUCCAAACAAGUGUGGAGGCCUUCCAUACAAUCCACAGAUUGAGAGCUGUUGCUUUGGGCAGAAAGUACCCAUCCAAGCCUUCUGUACCCGACUGCCAUGUGGACAAGCUUUCUACGUUCCUCACACUCAGCAAUGUUGUCAUUAUCGAGUUCUUCCCAAAAAUGCACCAUGCUCCCCAUUUCCGAUUCCUUCCCGGUGUGGGGGCGUUUCUUUCGAUCCAACGACACAAAAAUGUUGUUUUGGUCAAAUAAUUAAUCACCAACUUCCCUGUUACAGGCUCUUUUGUGGUAAUGUCUUGUACGUUCCUCACACUCAAAAGUGCUGCAACUCCCAAAUCGUUUCCAAUCGUUUACAGUGUUAAUUUCAUUAAUUUUCGUUUGAGGAAGAUUUUUAUUUUCAUCUUUGACGUUAUCUUGUAUAACAGAUUAUUUUUCGCUGAUCAUAAAAAGGUUAAGGGAUUCUACUUAAGCGUCAGGUUUUUUCCUAAAUACAUUAUCAGUAAAAGCGGAUGAUUGUUAACGACAACAUUGGUGAACAAACCAUGUCUACCUUUUAUGGCCUUUCUUUCACAAGCCACUGACGUGACUAUUUGUAAGUAAUUCCUUAAGCUAUCAAGCAAAAAGACAAAUAAAGAUCUUCUACUCGAUCAAGGAUUUGUCAGA